GAGAUUGAUGACCCGUGUGUUGUCUAUAUGGAUGCCUCUGUGGGGACAGAGGAGUUGUCUUAUUUUAGAUUUGAGAAGAUGAGUGCAUUAGAUUAUGAUCAGGAAUUAAGGGACUUCAUAAACUCUUCAAGUGAAUUAAGAUCAACAUACAGGAAAGAGAAGGUCUGGCUGAAGAAAGUUUCCAUGCUGAAACGAUGUUUUCCUGAAUUUCUGGCUAAUGAAAAGGCGGUGAAGGAUCCGGCCAAAGUUUCUAAGGUUCUGCAUAUAAUAGACAGUCUAUUAGAAAAUGCAACUCAUGAAAAUGCCACAGUGAAUGCUUUUGGCUCCUUGGAGAAAUCUGUUGAACCUCGGGAUGAUCAAUUGGGGAGAUCUAAGAAGAUGGCUAAGAAUGGUAUCAAUGGUCUGCGAGCAUCUUUGUCCAAUCUGAUGGUAAAGGACGAAUUCAUUGGUACAGUAGCUGCAGCCUUUCUCAUGUCUAUUGAUUCUCCACCACAGGGUCUCCCAUGUAGACCUGCCAAGACAUUUUUACUGUUGGGUCUUACGGAAGUUGGUAAGGCAGAUCUUGUUAAAGGUUUAAUGGAGCAUUUUGUGAGUGAUAAUGGGAUGAGCCUAUUGUUUCAAAUUGAUAUGUCCAAGCAUGAUGACACUGAGACAUGUUUCUCAAGCAUGUACACUAGCAAUGAGCAAGCGGUGAAGAUAGUGCCUUAUAGUAUUUUCCUUAUUGAUCGAGUUGAAGAUGCCCUUCCCUCCGAGUUCAAUGCUCUAAUACAACUGCUUGACUGCUGUACAAUGAGUGACCAGCAUGGCCGCAAGGUUAUUUUUAGUUGCUGCAUUGUCAUGGUUGCUUCAAGCGCUGGGAACAAGGACUUCAUUGAAAAACUUGUCCACAGGAAAUAUAGUGCCAGAUUUAAUGGGAAUGUCCUUGGACAGGAACUAAAGACACUUAGGUUCGAAUUGCUGAAUCGAAUGGAUGAGAUGGUACUAUUCAGUUCCUUAUUUGGUGAUCAACUUGGAAAAUUCCUAAGGCUGUCAAUGGAUGGUGGAGGUGAUCUUCAUGAGAAUCCUGUAAAGGAGGCUCUUGCAUUUGAACUUGCUUUUCAGGAUUUGUUUCUGCCUGCUAAAUCUCUACCUGAUCCACCCAGUCCACAGAACCAAGCAGAUUCUGUGCUCUAUCUCUUAAAAUGGCGUGUCGUCAGAGACGGUGGACUUGAAGUUAUGGACAAGAGUACCUUUUAUCGCCACUUCUUGAAUGGUUCAUCAGGGAAUAUGAAUGAGUCUGAUACAGGACCAGUAAUUCUAUUGUCACUAUAGCUUUCUCGCUAGUAGAACCUGUAUUUUGCACAGGAACUUAACAUAACUGAUGUCUUGCCAUAUGCAAAAGUAAACAAUUUCGACUCUUGGGCCCAAAAGAGUACCAAGAUUGCAAGGCAUGUAAGAGAAUUUCAAAGUUAUAUCAGGUUAGAUUCAGCUCUUGAAUCAUAUUUCAAGUUGCUUUGAGACCCUGUGAGCCAAGUUUUGUCUCAGGUCAGUCACAAAUGUCAAAUUUUAUGUUUACCAAUUCUGUAUCGACCCCUACCGUAACUGCCUUUUUAACCAUAACCACCGUAUGAAUUUUUUGUCUCAAUAUUCAUUGAUGCAAGGGCAUCAGCAAGGGUUUCGGUAUGUAAACAACUGAAGAAAUUCUACUGAAAGCGGAGGAAAAGCAAACAAAAAGAUGAAACAGAGGUUCUACCUAGCUGUGAGGCAUCAUCAUAUAU